AUGGUUUUAAAUUCAUUCGAAAUGACAAAUCCUGACGAAGAUCCACGCUGGUUACAUUCAGAUACUGACCUUAUCUCUGGUCUUGGCGUUGUUUAUAAUGUUAAUUACCUAGGCUCGGUUGAAGUACUUUGUUCAAUGAAAACACUUGAUUUCGAUAAUCGAACACGAGUUGCUCGAGAUUCGAUUCGCCUAGUAUGCUCAGCUGUCGGCGUACAUCUACGUGAACGGCACAAACCCGAAGCAUCGUCAGCGAGCCAAGCAAUGAUUGCUGCCCAAGCUAAUUUGACAUAUAGUCACAUACCUAUUCAAUUAACCAUUAGCACUGAAGCACUUGUUCUCAAACGAACAAAUGAUUCUCAAGUUCUCUAUUCACAUCGGAUGGAAGGUAUUUCGUUCGCAAGUGCAGGUGAACAUGAUACAAAAGAUUAUAUAGCUUAUGUUGCAAAAGACAAUAUGAACAAACGCGCAUGUCACGUACUUUUAUGCAAAGAAAACGAAUCAUUAGAUGUUAUUACAACAAUUGGACAAGCUUUCGAAUUGCGAUACAAUGAAUAUAUCCAGUCACAACAGCAACAACAACAAGUGAACGAACGACAAGAUUCAUUGAAAUCAUCCGAGCGUGAUCAACAAUUCCAACAGAAAUCAGACAGUAAUCCAGCGCAAUCGAUGUCAGCUAUUACCAACAAUCAAGCAGCAGCAGCAGCAGCAUCACCACCACCACCACUAAAAAAUAAAUGGAACACGAUGAAUAGUUCUGAUGUUCACAAAGAAAGUUGGUUUCAUGGGAAGAUUAGUCGCGAAGAAGCGGAACGUUUAUUAAUCCGUAGUGGAGACUUUCUUGUACGUGAAAGUGCAAAAUCAUCUGGCCAGUUUAUUUUAUCAGGCCGUUAUCGCGAUCAAUUCAAACAUCUCCUUCUUGUCGAUCCCGAAGGAGUCAUUCGAACCAAAGAUUAUGAAUUCGAUUCGAUUCAACAUUUGAUUACAUAUCAUAAAGCGGGCAAUAUUCCAAUUGUCUCUGCUGAUAGUGAACUUCUCUUACAAACACCUAUCCGACGUGCUACAUGA